AUGUUUGCAAGACUUGUCAAAGCUGAUCAGAGCAGAAGUAUGGAUGGUGAAGUGGAAUCGAUGAACAGAAGGGCUGAGAGUCCUUUGGGCCAGCUGACAGGUUUGGGGAUGGGUUGUCUGCUGGGCCAGAGGUCUCGGCACUGCGGGCCGGGCCUCGCCAGUCCUCAGGAGUACAACCAGUGGCUGCCGUACCGCCAUGAUGCCAGCAUGCUGCCUAUGAAAGAAGACCUGGCUCUUUGGCUCAACACCAUCAUGGGUGUGGACGUCACCGCUGACAGUCUGAUGGACAGAUUGGACAAUGGCAUUGUUCUUUGUCAACUGGCCCAGUUUCUCCAGGAUAAGAUGAGCCACAGUAGUCUUGGCAAGCCCUUUACCAUGAGAGUGAUCCAUUGGCGAGCUGAUGCAACUUCAGGAUCAUUUUUUGCCAGAGACAACACAGCUAACUUCCUCUACUGGUGCCGCAAGAUUGGCAUUGACAGGGCCCACCUUUUUGAAUCUGAGGAUUUGGUCCUCCAUAAGCAUCCACGGGAGGUGUGCUUGUGCCUGAUGGCGCUGGGACGCAUGGCUGCCAGGUAUGGAGUGGAGCCUCCAGGCCUGGUGAAGUUGGAGAGCGAGAUAGAGAAGGAAGAGGCAGGGAGCGCCUCUCCAUUGUCCUCGCUACCCUUCUCCUUUUUUCCAUCCCCCGAGCUUUAUGCACUAUCACAUUCAAGCAAGCCUUCAACCCCGCCGCCUCCUUCUCAUCCAUUGCCCGGCACUCCGAGCUCAACCUGCCUCUCUGAAGCCCACAUCACGCCCCUCACGUCUGAUCGUCCUUCAACGGCUGCAGACCCAAUGCCCACAUGUUUAUCCCCCCUGCAGUCCUUCCACUCAGCUCCAAAACUCUACACAAGCACAGCUUCAACACAAACCCCUUUGUGCCCCACUAGCACAUCUGCAGCCUCAAAAGGCCAAACGCAGGUGGCCAUUGCCGCAAGCACACCCUCCCGACCACCAAACCUGAUCCGUUGCUCCAGUAAAUCUACUAUCCGAAAGAGCACUGGCACCAGCAACAUUUUGGAUGACACCGUGAGAAACAUUAUUGAAAAUCCUCCCUGCAGCUGUCCAAACAGGUUCCCUGUUGAAAAGCAGCCAAAAAGCUGUUAUCGUGUGGGGGAUAAAGUUCUUUACAUACGGAUGCUGAAUGAGCGUCACGUGAUGGUGCGUGUGGGUGGAGGCUGGGAGACUUUUUUAAGCUACCUACAGAAACACGACCCCUGCAGAGGAGGACCAGGGGGAAGAUCUGAAGUCAGGGGCAGUCGGGACAAAGUAAAGCCACUCACUUUGAACAUGUCACCUGACAGCUACAUGGUGGUCAACGCCCAUUACCGUGGAAAGAAGUAG